AUGGAGUGGGUGCUGGCAGAAACGCUGCUCGCUCAGAGCAGGGACCCCCGCGUCCUGCUUGGGGCGCUGUGUCGAGGAGAGGCGUCUGUGGAGCGCGUGGAGACCUUGCGGUUUCUUCUCCAGCGGCUAGAGGACGAGGAGGCGCGCGGCAGCGGCAGAGACGCGGGCGCGUAUCCUUCGGCGCAGUUGCAGGAGGCUGCAAGCGAGGCUGCGGUCGGGUACCUAGUGCCGCUAUUGCGGGGCCGCGGCCCGGAGCUACCGCGCCUCCGCCGCCGCGUCCUGAGGGCGGCCGCCGGGGGCCUACGCUCGUGCGUCCGCCUUACCGGGGGCCAGCAGUGGGCUGCCGCGCUGGCCGAAGAGGCCCUGCGCGACCUGUCUGCUGUGCAGCCACAUGCCCCGGACGCCUCCUGCAGACCCGGCGCGUCAGGCGCCGAGGCGGCCGUGGAGGUGCUGGUGGCCCUCGGCCCCUGUCUGAGGCCGCGUGAGGAUGGGGCGCUGCUGGAGCGGAUGGUGCAGACCGCCCUGGCCCUGGCGCUAGGCGAAGCCGAGACCGGGCCGGCGGAGGAGGUGGCGGCGUUGGCGGCUGGGAGGCUGCUGCCGGCGCUGGGUCGGGUCAGCGAGGAUGCCCUGCGGGCCGUGUGGGCGGGACUGCGGGCUGGGGCCUCGGACCCGGGCGCCGGACUGCUGGAUGUCGGCCGCCGGCUGCAGGUGCUGAGCGCCCUGGCUGAGAAGCUGCUGCCGGAGAGACCCGAGGCAGGCGUGGACGCCCGGCGGUGCUGGCAUUUCUGGAGGACCGUGCAGGCGGGACUGGUCCAGGCCGAGGACGCGCUCACGCGCAAGAGGGCUCGCUAUGUGCUGCUCAGGGCGGUGGAGGUGUCGGCGGAGCUGGGGGAUAACUGCGCGUGUACGGCCCGGAAUGGAAACGACCCAAGUCUGUUUUGGUGGCAUGAGAAGAAAAAAGAUGAGCUGCUAAAGUUUUGGGAAAACUAUAUGUUAAUUAUGGAAACUCUAGAAGGAAAUCAGAUCCAUGUUAUAAAGCCAGUCUUACCAAAGCUAAACAAUCUCUUUGACUACGCAGUGUCACAGGAAAAAGGAUUUUGGCUCGUUCACCCAUCCUGGCAUAUGUGUAUUUAUAAAAGAAUGUUUGACAGUGAAAACAAAAUCCUAACCAAAGAAGGUGUUAUCCAUUUUUUAGAGCUCUAUGAAACAAACCUGCUUCCAUUUUCAUUACAAUUUUCUGAGUUUAUUGUUGGACCAUUAAUGGAUGCCCUUUCAGAGAGUUCUCUGUAUAGCAGAUCCCCAGGCCAGCUGAUAGGAAGUGGUUCUCCAUUGGGAAUGAAAUUACAGAAGUUUUUAGUCACCUACGUUUCUCUUCUUCCAGAAGAAAUAAAGAAGAGUUUCCUAUUAAAGUUUAUUCAGAAAAUGGCCAGUAAACAUUGGUGUGCCGUGCCCAUUUUGUUUCUAUCGAAAGCUCUGGCAAAUGUCCCAAGAUGUAAAGCCCUGGGGACGGAAGGGCUCGUUGCUCUCAGGGAUGUUCUUCAGUGUACUAUGAUUACACAUCAGAUUCUGUUACGAGGGGCAGCUCAGUGCUAUCUUCUUCAGACAGCUAUGAAGUUGGUAGAUGUGGAGAAAGUAUCCUUUUCUGAUGUCUCAACCUUUCUCAUGUCGCUGAGACAAGAAGAAUCCCUAGGACGCGGAACUUCAUUAUGGGCAGAGCUCUGUGACUGGCUGCGUGUUAAUGAAAGCCGUUUUAGGCGACCUUCAGAUUGGAGCUCCGCUGGGCUUGAUGAGACAUCUUACUUGAAUGCUUAUGUACGGAACCUAGUUCAAGAGUAUGUUAAGUCACCCGCUGGGGAAAGUAAAGAGAACAGCUUUAUGCCUGAUUGGUUUGAAGCCAAGCUUGUUGCCAUCAUGGUGCUCCUGGCUGUGGAUGUGGAAGCAAUGAAGAAUCAAUACAGUGAAAAGCGGAGAAUACAGAAUGUAUUAAGGACAUUCUUAGAUCCUCUUCUGGAUGCCCUUAUGAAGUUUGGCACAAAUGCCUACAUACCCUUGCUGAAAACUGACAGAUGCCUCCAGUUGCUGUUGAAGUUAUUGCAUACUUGCUUGUUGAAAGGUUCCAGUACCCAAGAUGAUGAGGUGCUUACUGUUCUUCAGAACUUUGUCCUGUCUACUACAGAGAGCAUUUCUGAAUUUAUUCUCAGAAGACUUACUAUGAAUGAGCUAACUAGUGUUUCAGAUCUGGAUCGCUGCCAUUUAUACCUGAUGGUAUUAACUGAGCUUAUAAAUCUCCAUCUGAAAGUUGGGUGGAAAAGGGGUAACCCUAUCUGGAGAGUGAUUUCUCCUUUGAAAAAUGCAUCCAUUCGGCAUCUUCAAGAGAUGAGCUGCGGAAAGGAACCAGUACUUGAAGGACAGAUUCAGAAAGUGGUUAGUAUGGGUGCUUUGGCCAUGGUAUGUGAGGCCAGUGAUCAGAAGCCAGAGCUGCAGCUUGAUUCUCUGGAUGUGGGACCCGUGGAGACGUUCCUGUCCUCUUUCCAGCUCAAUCAGACCUUACAGAAGCCCCGCACAGAGAAGAAGGGCAGGUACGCACUGACAUUAUGUUUUUGUUUCAGCUUUUUUGAAGAAUCAUCGUCUUCCCAUGGAUGGGGGAAAGUAGUUGCGCAGUAUGUCCACGAUCAGUGGGUCUGCCUCUGUUUCCUGCUGAAAAAAUACCAUGCUCUUAUUCCAACAGCAGAGAGUGAAAUCCUGCAGCCCUUUCUACCUGCUGUUCAAAUGCCAGGAAGGACUUUGCAGUCUGCAUUGGAAGCCCUCACAAUUCUCCCUUCUGAUCAGGUUCUACCUGUGUUCCAGUGCAUGAAAAUUUUGGUUCCCAAGCUCCUGAUGUCCUGUGAGGCACUCUGCAUGGAGUCUUUUAAUGGGGCCUGGAAAAUCAUCUCUUCUUUAAGCAACACUCAGCUGAUAUUCUGGUCUAAUUUAAAAGCUUUCGUUCAGUUUGUUUUUGAUAACCAAGUUCUUACCAUUGCCGCAAAAGUCAAGGGCCAGGCCUAUGUCAAGAUAAAAGAGCUUAUGUACAAGAUCAUUGAAAUGUCGGCUAUAAAAACUGGAGUCUUCAAUACGCUGAUCACUUACUGUUGCCAGUCUUGGAUAGUGUCUGCUUCAAAGGUGUCCCAGGCUUCUCUAUCAAGUGCUCAGAGUUACAGUGAACUUGUCCUUGAGGCCUGUGUAUUUGGACCUGUCUUUAGGCGUGAUCAGAGACUUAUUCAGGAUGUACAGACCUUCAUAGAAAACCUUGAAAAUCAAUGUGCAGCUAACGCUGUUAUAGAAAAUACUAAGAGAGAGGACCAUUAUGUGAGGAUUUGUGCUGUCAAAUUCCUGUGUUUGCUAGAUGGCUCCAAUAUGUCCCAUAAGUUGUUUAUGGAAGAUCUUGCAAUGAAGCUGUUGGAAAAAGAUGAAUUUGUGUCCAAGUCCAGAACUCGCUACUAUGUGAAUUCUCUGCAGCACAGAGUGAAAAACCGAAUAUGGCAGACAAUGCUUGUUCUUUUCCCCCGGUUGGAUCAGAAUUUCAUUAAUGGAAUUAUUGACAAGAUUUUCCAGGCUGCUUUCGUCAAUAAUCAAGCAUCUAUAAAAUAUUUCAUAGAAUGGAUUAUUAUAUUAACUCUUGAAAAAUUUCCUCAAUUUAUUCCAAAGUUUUGGAAUUGUUUUUCUUAUGGUGAAGAAAAAUUUAAAACAAGCUUUUGUACAUUUUUAUCAGUUUUGGCGCAUUUGGACGUCAUUAUUCAGAAUAUUCCAGAAAAGAAGCUCAUUCUAAAGCAGGCCCUUAUCACCGUACUGCAGUGGUGUUUCAGUCACAAUUUCAGUAUUCGACUCUACGCUUUACUCGCUCUUAAGAAAGUCUGGAAUAUGUGUAAAACAUUACAGCUUGAAGAAUUUGAUGCUUUGACUCCUGUGAUUGAGUCCAGUCUUUCUCAGGUGGAACACAUGCAUGGAGUGGGGAAUGCCAAAAAGAAUUGGCAGCGCAUUCAAGAGCAUUUCUUUUUUGCAACAUUUCACCCACUUAAGGAUUACUGUCUGGAGACCAUAUUUUACAUCCUUCCCCGCCUUUCAGGCCUCAUUGAAGAUGAAUGGAUUGCCAUUGAUAAAUUUACCAGAUUCACUGAGAUUCCUUUAGAUGUUGGAUUUCAGUGGUACCUUUCUCCAACCCAGCUUCGUGAACUAAAACCAGGGGACUGGUCUCAGCAGGACAUAGGUUCUAACUCUGCAGAAGGCGAUAACCAGUCAGAGUGGACUGAUGUUCAGAGGAAGAUUAUCCCAUGGAAAAAUCAUGGUCCAGAUCUAGAACUGGAGCUGGAAUUCCCGGAUCGUGCUGCCAAGCUGGGCAAGUCGACUGGCAGGCUGAUCGUAGUGGCUUCGCUCAUUGAUAAGCCAACCAAUUUAGGAGGAUUAUGCCGGACGUGUGAGAUAUUUGGGGCUUCAGCGCUUGUUCUCGGCAGUCUGCAUUGUAUCAGUGACAAACAGUUUCAGCACCUCAGUGUCUCGGCAGAACAGUGGCUUCCUUUGCUGGAGGUAAAACCACCACAGCUGAUUGAUUAUAUGCAGCAGAAAAAAGCAGAAGGUUACACCAUCAUUGGUGUGGAACAAACGGCCAAAAGUCUAGACCUAACUGAAUACUGCUUUCCUGAGAAAUCUCUCCUCUUGUUGGGAAAUGAACGUGAAGGAAUUCCAGCCAAUCUCAUCCAGCAGUUGGAUGUGUGUGUGGAAAUUCCUCAGCAGGGCAUCAUCCGGUCGCUGAAUGUCCACGUGAGCGGGGCUCUGCUGAUCUGGGAGUACAACAGACAGCAGCGGCUCAGGCACUGA